CUGCGCGUCAAAUUGCCGUUGCCGUUGUUCGUGACUUUUGUUUUAAAAAAAAAAUUGCAUAAAUAAAAAUAGCAACUCGGCGAAAAUUUUAACAAGUGUGUGCGCUGGUGUGCUUUGUGCUCUGAAAGAGAAUUUCGUUAUAAAAAUUUUUGUCGUGUUUUACUGUGCAUUUAAAAAAUUCCCUGAAAACCCGAAACGGAAUAUUCAUUUAGUGUUGUGCCAAAAAGAAAUUCUUGCUCAGUGCAUAUACAUAUAGAGGAAAAUCACUAAAAAUUAGUUGCUGUCGCUAUUGUGGUUGUGUAUUUAAUGUCCGAAAAUAAAGGCAUCAUGCUCGCCAAAUCUGUGCAAAAACACGCUGGACGUGCCAAGGAGAAGAUUUUACAAAACUUAGGAAAAGUUGAUCGCACCGCAGACGAAAUUUUCGAUGAUCAUUUGAAUAACUUUAAUCGCCAACAAGCAAGUGCCAACAGACUACAAAAGGAGUUCAACAACUACAUAAGAUGCAUACGCGCCGCACAAACCGCUUCCAAGUCGUUGAUGGACGCUGUUUGCGAAAUUUACGAACCACAAUGGAGUGGCUACGAAGCGUUGCAAGCACAAACUGCUGCCUCAGAGAGCCUGUGGCUUGACUUUGCACAUAAACUGGGUGAUCAGGUCUUGAUACCUCUGAACACAUAUACCGGACAGUUUCCUGAAAUGAAGAAAAAAGUGGAGAAACGCAAUCGCAAAUUAAUCGACUACGAUGGCCAACGACACUCUUUCCAAAAUCUACAAGGCAAUGCUAACAAGCGCAAGGAUGAUGUCAAGCUAACCAAAGGCCGUGAACAAUUGGAGGAGGCGCGACGCACCUACGAGAUUUUGAAUACGGAACUCCACGAUGAGCUACCUGCUUUAUACGAUUCAAGGAUAUUAUUUUUGGUGACCAAUUUGCAAACGCUGUUCGCCACAGAACAAGUUUUUCACAGCGAAACAUCCAAGAUCUACGCAGAGCUUGAAGCAAUCGUCGAUAAAUUGGCCACAGAAUCCCAGCGCGGCUCCAAUACACUACGAAAACAAACAACAAAUGCCAUCAAAACAGCGAGUCCAGUGCAGUCCCCAGUUAAGCAAUUGAAUCAAUUGAAUAAUGCAAACAACAGCAACUAUCAAAAUCAAAUAACCACAAACGGUGGUUCCAGUCUGGCAAAUAGCCCAACCUCUACAAGUUCGUCAAUGCAAGAGCCACGAUUUGAUUCAGUUUCUUCAACACCAGAACCAACGCCAGAGCAUUCAAAAUUAGCACAAAACUCGGAUCCUGUCAUAACGGAAACAGAGACCACGACAACGACAAUUUAUCCAAGUCUGGGAAACGGCAAUGCAGCCGCUGAAACAACAACGAUCACCAAAGUCAUGAAGACAGUGGAGAACGCUGAUCUGAGUAGUCCAAAUGCCAAUACAACAACGUCAACAACAGCCACCGUAACAAAAACCGAAGAGAUCACGGGAACAACAGAGGCGGCUGCAGAAGCUGGCGGAGAUGCAAAACCUAUAACGGCAGCGGUGAAAGAAACAACUGAAGCGGCAACAAUAACAGCAACAACAGCGACGGCGACAGCGACAGCGCCACGUCAACUAAAUGGUAACAACAAUGAACCAGUAACCUCAUCAUCGAAAGAACCAGGCAAGCAACCCAAAGAGUUGCCCGCUGGAGCAUCUGAGGCACAACAGGCCAACAAUGGCAAUGGCAAUGGCAACAGCCUUGAGGAGCACAAACAAAAGAAAUUAGGUAAUGAUACAACAACAACAACUACAGCUACUAGGAACUCAGUUACAGCAACAAAUACAAAUAGCAGUAGCCAGUUAGUUAUAGAUCAUACUGAUCAUAAAGUUAAUAAGAAUCCCUUCGAAGACGAUGACGAUCGUAUCUACGAAGAUCCCAAUGAUGCCAACACCGCUGAUUUGCCUCCCGGUGUUCUCUAUCGUGUUAAGGCCACCUACGGAUAUGUCAAGGAGGACGUUGACGAACUGAGCUUUGAAAUUGGCGACAUAAUUCGUGUCAUUGAGUAUGAUGAUCCUGAGGAUCAGGAGGAAGGCUGGCUAAUGGGUCAAAAGGAAGGCACAAACGAAAAGGGUCUCUUCCCCGCCAACUUUACGCGUCCCAUUUAGACGGCAACGGCAGUUGCAUUGUGAGCAGAAAACCGGCAGCUCUUAUUUUGUUAAAAUAUUUUAAAUAUACACUUACAUACAUAAUAUAUCUUUAAAAUUGUAAACCAACGGGAAAUUUCGGCCAAUUUUUAAAGCGUUUCGUCGCAGCCAAGCCAAAAAAGAUCAUGAAAAAUUGUGUUUGUGAACAUAUUUUUGUUUCGAUUAUUUGAUUUGUAAUUCAAUAAACGAUCACGUGUCUGUUAAAGCA